AUGCGUUUCUUCUCCACCAUCACCGCUCUAGCAGCGUCCGCACAAAGCGUAGCAGCCUACUACAAAGGCUUCAACGUAGGAGCAAACAACCCCGACGGAACCUGCAAAACCACCUCCCAAUGGGAAACAGCUUUUAACAAACUCCGAGGCCUACCGCAAGACGUAUCCGUAGUCCGUCUCUACGCCUCAAGCGACUGCAACACCCUAGCAAAUGCCGUGCCCGCCGCCGUGACAACCAACACAAAAAUUCUCGUAGGAAUCUGGACCGAAGACUCGGCGCACUACAGCGCAGAGAAAGCAGCAUUAGAAUCUGCAAUUCAGGCUCAUGGCAUAGAUUGGAUUCUGGCUAUUUCCGUUGGCAGCGAGGAUCUCUAUCGCGGAGAUACUACAGCAAGCACACUCGCCCAGCAGAUUUAUGAUGUGCGAGGUAUGGUGCGGGCGUUGGGAGUUCAAGCUGAAGUCGGUCAUGUAGACACUUACAAUGCGUGGACCAAUUCUGCCAAUGACGAUGUUAUCAAGGCUUGUGAUUUCAUUGGUAUGGACGCAUACCCGUACUGGCAAGGAAGCUCCAUUGAGGAUGCAUACAAUGUCUUCUUCCAGGCCUACCAAGAGACGAAAAACCAUGUUCAGUCUGUAGGAAGUGGCGCGUGGGUGUGGGUGACCGAGACGUCCUGGCCCGUGACGGGCGCCAACUAUGGCAGCGCCGUACCAUCUGUGGCCAAUGCGCAAAAAUUCUGGCGAUCCGUCGCUUGCGAGCUCUUCAACGAGGGACACGUCUUCUGGUAUGCCUACCAAGACUACAACGACUCUCCCUCCUUUGGCGUCUUCGACUCAAAUGGAAAUGCCAUUUACGAUCUAUACGGCUGCUGAGGCUGUGAAGCCAAAGUCGGCGCUCUUUACCACGAGAAACAGACCGUGGUGUCUUGAAGCUGUUGUUUACACAGACAAGAGAGGUCUGUAGACUUUGUUGCUACCGUUCACGGAGAGAGAAGCCCAGCGACUAGAGAUGAAGAUCAUUUACUUUGAGUAGCAAUAUCGUCACAAAAUACAACGCCCC